CUCCGCUCUCCUUCCUCGCUCUCCUUCCUCGCCUGGCCUCCUGCCUAGCCAGCACCCCUCCGGGCCCCCAGCAGCGGUUUUGGAUGCUGCCCCUUAAACCGCGUGGUAAACCUGUUCCGUCCAGCGUCGCUUCGCGUUAAGAGGGUUUACAGGACCCUUAGGAUCGGGGAAGCGUACCUAGUGGGUAACCAGGUUCCCAGCAGGCACCGACGUGCUGCACGGUCGCGUCAGCUUCACAGCGAGGUCCCGAAGCCCAGCUGUUGGGAAAGCCUCCCCAUCCUCAGCCCUUGACAUUAAAAAUCAGACUUUUCCCUGAGAGCCACCGGGUUUCUGCGUUGCCCUCCUUCCUUGCCCUUGGUUCCUCUCCCUUGAAAGGAUCCCCCCACCCGCUUACUGGAAGCUUUAGGUCCCUUCAGGGCUCUCUUCCUGUUGGAGAGACCGCUUGUGCCUGCCCGGGAGUAGAGCGCAGUGUUACCGAAAUCUUGCCUUACUCACGACACUUGGCAGUCUUCAUCGUUUCUCCUCUUUUGGUUCAGUACUCACAGUGGAUAACGUCUGUCCCACCUGGGGAAACUAAGCGAAAGGGAAGGCACACAUGACUAUCACAGUUGGGACAGCUCCAAAUGGAAUCCAACUGGCAUGGAGAAUAAUCCGGUGUGGUUUAGGGAGAGUUGCUUAUAUUCUCUGAGCCUGUCUCUAAGAGGGAUGUUAGUUACCUUUAGCUCAGAACGAGGCUUCAGUGAGGUAAUGUGUAUAACCUUCGGUGUCUGAACUAUAUUAGAUGAUCAAUAGUUGUUCUCCUCUCCCUUGCCCUCUUUUGCUGGCUCCAUGUGAUAAGGGAGAGAGGUAAAGGAUGCCAGUGAUAUGUAGGGCAGGCAUGUGUAGUAACCGGCAAAAAAAUCCUAUGAGAAAGCAGUAAAUAGGUGUAAUAUCUGGGGAUGCGCAGCCAUACAAGCCGAAUCCAAACUUCCGAAAUAGUAACUUCAUUUCUUAUUAUUUUUUUUUUCUGAAGACCAGAGACCGUCUGGGGUUCAUGUGCUGUGAUUUCUGAUUGAUAAAUGUAAAUUGAAAUUGUCUGAGUUUGGAGAUCCAAAGUUGAAAUGUGCUUUGGGUUGAACUGGAAAGCAGAUUGACCAAAAUGUGUUUGCUCACUGCUAUUUUGUUGUGUUUUUCUUCUAGACCCAGCAUGAGUGAAUUUCCCUGUAAAAAACGUGAUGACUAUUUGGAAUGGCCUGAGUAUUUCAUGGCAGUGGCCUUCUUAUCGGCACAGAGGAGCAAAGAUCCAAACUCCCAGGUCGGAGCCUGCAUCGUGAAUGCAGAAAACAAGAUUGUGGGCAUUGGGUACAAUGGAAUGCCAAAUGGAUGCAGCGAUGACCUCUUGCCUUGGAGGAGGACAGCGGAGAGUAUACUGGAUACCAAAUACCCUUACGUGUGCCACGCCGAGCUGAAUGCCAUUAUGAACAAAAACUCAGCAGAUGUGAAAGGCUGUACCAUGUAUGUCGCCUUGUUCCCGUGUAAUGAAUGUGCUAAGCUCAUCAUCCAGGCAGGGAUAAAAGAAGUUAUUUUCAUGUCUGAUAAAUACCACGACAGCAAUGAGACAAGAGCCGCGAGGCUCAUGUUGGAAAUGGCCGGGGUUUCCUUCAGGAAAUUCACACCAAAGUGCAGCCAGAUUGUCAUUGACUUUGAUUCAAUUAACAGCAGACCGAGUCAGAAGCUCCAGUGACUUACAUCUCAUUAAGUCUCCAGAAGAUCGGAUUAUCCUCUUCUAAGAAGCUGCUAAUGCCUUUCAUCUUAAAGUUACACAUAACUUUUUAAUAGCCGGGACGGCAAAAGUCGACAUGUGAAGAAUGUAAAAGCUCAAAUCUUCCUGACUCGCGCUCCUGUCACGUGGAAUCUGCAUGUGUUGAAACUGUCGAUUCAGGGUGUAAAAUAAAGGAGCUGUGGGUGCGCACGGGGCUGGAGCGGGCAUCUCCCCUCCUGUCUCCUGGUUCGCUGGGACGCUGGUGGCUGCGCAGAAGGGCGUCAGCCGUGCGUCGUCCACUGCGUUUCACAGCCGCUCUUCAACGCCACGUGUGCUGGGAGGACAAAUAACUGUGGCUGUGUGCCUGCCGGGAUGAGCAGACACGCUGAUCUGAACAUCGGGCCCGAAUGAAGCAGCACAUGUAAUGCCCUUGGGGGAAGGAAAGGAGCCGCAAGACAGUAACAUUUAAGUGUUUGCUUUUGAGAGUUGAGGGGGCCCCCAGCCGCCCAGCCACCCGCCCAAAAGUCCUGGACGGGGUGCGCCUUCGUCCCGGCAGAUGAUUGCAGCUGAGCGGGCGUUCUUUCCCCGCUCUGCUGUCCUGCCUCCCACAGGGCGGUGCCGCGGUGUGCUUCUGCACGGUGGGGAGCUCUGUUGUUCGUGCUUCUUAUUCUGGCUUUGUGGGUGACACAGAGCUCUUACGUUAGUUUAUUUGAGUAAUGAGUCGUUCCCGGGGAAGGCAGCCCGUCGCCCUGCGUCGCCCCCAGGUCCACACCCUGCCCAGGGGCGGAGCCCCGCACCGCUGCUGCACGUGCCAGCACGGUUCAUUCCCAGGGCUGCUGUCUCCCGUCCUGUAAGUGAAAUGAACGUGAGGAGGUGUCAGUUCCGUCCAGAUCUGUUGGUGACAGGAGCUCACUUGCGCUCCUGGUGCCCUGCCUUCAUUGACACACAUCUCACCUUCCUAAUCACUUCGAUUUGGGGGAUGGGUAGCAGUGCACCUUGUCUUUAAUCUCACUUCAUUUUUAUUAAAUGUGCUCAGUACCUUC